ACCUCUUGGACCAAGUCAAUCCUCAUCUGGCAGCGAAGCUCUCUGACGUGGUCAGGCAACCGUCGCACUGUAUGGCGGAGAUCUAAACUCUUUUCGAAUCCAAGCUAUCCCGUUCACCUCUUGUCUAGAGUUGAGCUCCUUAUUCCCCCCCCGCUUCGGGUAUAGCCUGUAAACCGGCCUACAUGGAUAUCAUUUUGUGGCGAGUGGAAUGAUCAAUCACGCGUGUCCAGCAGACCUAGAACGAACAGAGCCAGCCCGUGGAAUGACAUCCACAUCAUGGAAGAUGCUGGAGCCGGCCCAUCGUCACCUAGACGAAGAACAAGUCAUGAACAUGUCGACCGCGACCGUGAUAUAGUUCAGGUCCAGGCGUUGCCCGAUACACCGGGCACUACUGGUGGUCGACGGAGAUCAUGGUUCCAUUUUGGCGGUUCAUCAUCGAGAUUGGUAGAGCCUUCAGUGGAAGCUCAACGGAGAAGAUCGGCAGAUCAUGAAAGGGAGACUUUAUCCUCGAGUCUACCUACGCGAGGCUCGUGGGAGGAGAUCAUGCCCGGUGCGCCUGCCGGGGGGAAAGAGUCCACGAAUGGCGCCAGAAGAAGAGGAGGACGUGCUGGAGAAGAAAGCUCUGAUGGAGGCACUUUGGGUUUCGCCGACAUGUCUCUAGCGACGAGACGGAGAGAAUCGCAGACUACCAUUACGCACCCGGUCCGGGAUUCAAGGGAUUCGUCCCCUCCAGCCUCCCUCUCUACCACCCCCCAACUAGCCUCACUCGAGACUCUUGAAUCCAACAUUCAUCAUCCGUCCCGAGAAUCCAUCACGCCUCGCCCGAUGAUCCCGGCCCGAACCUCAUCUUAUGGGGACCGCGUACCCAACUUGCUCCAGUUGGACGAAUCUCAACCUCUCACCCCCACCGAACGACCCCUUCCACCUAUACCUCUGGCCCUCCUCCCCGUCGAUAGUCCGACCUUACCCACAGACAUCGUCAUCACUCCUUCUAGUCCAACACAUCACUCGGAUCCUUCGGUCUUAGUAGCACCCGAAGGCAUCUCUCAGACUCUGCUGCCGCAGUUUUCGUCACCCAUGACACGUAAUAGAUCCCGAAGUGCUUCACCCAGACCUUCACCUCGCGAGAUCCCGUCAUCCGAUAUCAAUCCUCCCAUCAUGGACUCUACUCUGCCUCAAAAGCUCACUCCAAUCGGCUUAGGGAGACCUGGACAGGCCGCAUCCCAGCUUAACAACGACAUCCCUCCUCCAGUACCCGCCAAGCCUGUCUCCGUCUCGACGCCUGUACGACUCCGGGCAGCUAGCCCGGCUCAGCGCAUCGUCUUCGCGCUACCAGGAGAAGGCACCCAUCAGUCCGGCCGGAGUACACCAAACGCAGAGUCACAAACCCGAGUGCGACGUGCCCGGAGCUUGUCUGGGAUCUGGAAAGAAUCGUCCUCAGGAGCCGCUGCACCCAUCGGUAGCCGACCAGCAUCACCAGAACCUGUAUACUCAGAGUCGCCCUUGACCGAUGAAAUGGUUGUGAAAGCUUCUGGCGUACUCGGCUGGCUGGGUAUCAAAAAGACGGUCAAGCGUCGUCAAUCGGAGGGCAAACUUCCUCGAAUCAAGACUGAUCCGGAAAAAUUCUCCGACGAGCUUGCAUCUGGAGCCAAGAGUCUAUCCCGGACAUCUUCAAGAAGACCUUCACAAGAGCCACUGAAAAGGCCAUCCGUCGAUGAGUACUCCGGAUCUAGGCAGACGUCUGGCGCAACUACUGUCGUCCCUGGAUCCCAAAGCCGAAUUCAAAGCCUGUUCAAUCGCCGUGCUUCAGCUCAGAACGAGGAGCGUGAAUCGGAAGGAAUACCGACGAUCCCCAAUUCGCCUAUUGUCUUACCUGCGCAAGCUCGCCCGAUUCCAGCUGCUCAAAGAUGGAUAAGGGGUCGGCCCACAACGGCAGAAUCAUCUCAAUCGUCUCUGCAGCUCGAGGCAGACAGUUUUUCAUCGAGUCAAAUCGCGGAGCCAGAGACGUGGGUCUCCACGCCCGAUGGCGAGGAGACACUGUUCGACCCUGAAGGGAGCUCACAUUGGGGCCCAGGGAUGAGACCAUGGAUGGACAGCUAUGAGCAGUUCAGGCCCGGACCCUCCACUCCCCUGGACUCUCUGCCCGAGAAGGAGGUCCUUCCGACGCCCAGCGCAAAUCUCAUCCCUGGCUCAUCUCUUGAUCAUGGAAGUCGCGCUAGAGCUUGGUCAGAUGCUCCUAGGCCUCGUGGUUGCGACAAUGACCGCAACUCGUCAGAAGUUCAUCUACCCUCUCGGUCACUGCAACCUUCUCCCUUUGAAGGCUCACGCCCAAAGAUGCCCGGUCGAUCCAGCUCCGGUAACGCUGCCAUCAUUGGUCGGAUGCGUUCUGCUUUUUUACGAUCAUCCUCUCGGGGUAAGCCUGGGGUCGAAUCUGACAAGGAAGAUCAGAUACAAUCAGACGAGCUGCCCGGACGAAUCGACACGGCAGAAUUCGGGGGACGGCCGAGCGGAGAUGGCAUCAUCAUGCAGCAGACCUUGUCCUCAUCCUCAGAUGUCGCAUCAUCUCGACCGCGAUCCCGUCGAGGUAUGUUCCAGAAGAAUUCUGGCUCCAAUACUCUGCUUGGACUUCUCGAUGGAGAUCGACAGAUCCUGCUGAAUGAGACACCGGAACGCUCCCCAAGAACCUCGAUGACUGCUACAUCCGCAUCUUCUGUCGCUUCGGGCUCAAAUCGUCCACCGGCGGCAGCAUUGCUGACAGGUCGGUCCGGAAGGGUCAGAGCUUCAACAUUGUCUGCCGCCCCUUCCUCUUCCACAUUUGUAUCGCCCGUCUCUCCUCAACUCUACCCAGCUGCUGCGACUCCGCCGCGUCGACGAGCGAGCGCGAUAUCUCGAAUGACGCAAAAUCUCCUAGGCACCUCUCCGCGCGGUCCGACACUCUUCCCUUUGCCCCCACGUUCAAGUGGAUCCUUGUCCUCGGCUUAUCAGAGCGGGCUCAGAUCGCCAGAUGAGCCUAGUUCUCUGGUAGCCAGUCCUCGACCGAGUGCUGGUUCCAUCUCGGCAUUUAUGGGCAAUGCGGCUUUGAAAGCUAUCUCGGCGCGCCUGGAUGACGAAACACCGGAGCAAUUCUUGGAACGGAUCACUCGGAGCGUUGGCGGUUCGGACAUUGGCACGGUUCUAGCCUCAAGUGCGGACGACUUCUAUCGGGAUGCCCUGCGUCUCUUCAUGAGUCGCUUUGAUUUCACCCACAAUUCUCUAGACGUGGCCCUGCGAAAACUUCUGCUGGCCAUGUCUCUGCCCAAGGAGACGCAGCAGAUCGAUCGAAUUAUCGAAGCUUUCUCAGCACGGUACGAGGAAUGCGAGCCGGCCUUGUUCGGUACCAAAGAUAACACGUACAUCUUGGCCUUCUCCAUGAUCAUGCUCCAUACGGACGCAUUCAACAGACACAAUAAGAAUAAAAUGACCAAACCGGAUUAUGUCAAGAACACUCGUUUGGACGGCGUUUCGUCUACUGUCUUGGAGGCAUUCUACGACAACAUUACGUACACCCCAUUCAUUUUCGUUGACGACGAUCCGACCUCUCGAUCGGCCAUCUCAAGCAAUCUAGCAUUGGAUGCGUACACACCGAGCUCAGCUGGUCCCUCGACACCGUCUGGCUCCAUGACACUCCAGACUCCCAGAUCAUCUGGGAAGCUCGACGUAUAUCAGCUCAUCGGUACCGGAGCCAUGGAUUCCCUGCGAGUGGACGUCGAGCGCUUCGUGCCUGUCGACAGUCCAUUCAACUGUCACGGAACUCGUCCAUCGGAUGCGGAUUCCCUACACAACACUUUUUUAAAGGGAGCCUUGCUUCCAAUUAUCUCUACGAAAAGGAAGUCGUCCACGGCAAGCUUCAUUGGAAAUUCAUCUGCCGGGUCCACAAAGCGAGAGCCUGACUUGGUUCUCCGAGUGACCAAGGCUGGCUUGUUGUCUCGGAAAGAUGAAGGGCCCGAGACUGGCAAAAAGCUCUCUCGCAAAUGGAAAGCCUGGAGCGUAGUCCUCACCGGGUCACAGCUCUUAUUCUUCAGAGAUCCCACUUGGGCGCUGUCCAUUCUUGAACAGACUCAGCGGACAUCGGGAACCGUCGACGAGCCCACAGUGCUGUCGACAGUGGUCAACUUCAAGCCUGAUGAAGUGUUCCCGGUGUCUCAGUGCAUCGCAACGUAUGACGAGAGCCUGGACUCAUCCUCGAACACAUUCCGGUACCUCAUGCCGCCGGGACGCUCCUACAUGCUUCAGGCUGCGGAUGAAAAUGAAAUGAACGAAUGGAUCAAUCUGAUCAAUUAUGCCAGCGCGUUCAAGACGGCAGAUAUCAGGAUGCGCAGUCCACCUGUCCAGAAGGAGGGAGCAGUCCAGAUUGGUGCUGAAGCCGCAAAACAACAUCAGGUGGAGCAGAGCAGCGCAGAACCAGAGUCUGCCGAAACGGGAGCAAGUCAAGGACCAGUGAAAAAAGUCUCCUUUGAAGGUCCUGCCCCGACCGCUUCGCCACAAUUUAUCCGCGCCUCGAGUCACACCGUUUCCAGUCCCGCGGCUCCUCGGCCAAUAGCCAUCAGGGCCAAGAGCGCCGACGCCAGGGCCAUGCCGGCAGUCGAUACGUCCAAUGAAGUGAUGGAAACAUCAGGCGAAAAGCUGGAGAAAGUCUUGGAUGUAGUCAAGGCUGACCUCGCCGCCGGUUCUGAACCUGGAGAUUUCAUAACAUGGAAAGCGAACAUGGGCAGCACGGACCGACGCAUAGGCCAUCGUUCCCGAAAUGUCGCGGUCGAGCGUCAGAUACAUCGCUUUGAAGCUCAACUGAAGCACGUGAAAGAGAACCUUGAGGUCAAUCUUCGACUCGCACGGAAUUUAGCCAUCCUCACGCCGUUUCAGAAACUCACUCGUGACCGUAUCCAAAGCGCUGUCACCAUUUUGGCUCAAAAAGUGCGCCAAGAUCGCGUUCAUGUCGCAAAGGUCCAAUGCUGGAUCGACGUUCUGCGCGAGGAUCUCGAGCAAGACGAGCGAGAUUGGGCGAGAAUACACCAAGUUGCUCUGCAGGCAGCCACGCGAGCGCUUCGCGAGCCCGAACUUUCAGGUCAGAGGCGUGCUUCGAGCUCAAAAUCAAAAUCGCCGGAAGUGCCCACAGGCAUUCGCACAUCGAGCGAUUUGCCCAAGUUCUCCCUAUCAUCCCCGGAGAUGGACAAUAAAUCUUUGGAACACGACCAUCGAUCACCUCAAACCCCGAUUCGCUCGAUACCAGUCAAGACCGAUACGUCGCAUCAUUCAGAUUUACUCGGCAGAAGUCCCGGGGAAUUGCCGAUCGUCAUCCGUCGAUCUAGCGAAGAUGGGCCACUACCAGUGAGACCUGGGUAUUCCAGACAAGUGUCAGCGAAUUCGUACUUGUCAGUAGACAAUGAUUCCAGUGGCAAUCGGGAAAGCACACAGGACGAAGAAGAAGGCGAUGGCAAGGCUAGCAAGGACACCAUUGGGGUGAAUCGUGAUACACGGUCUGCCACCAACGCAUCUUCUCCGAUGCUUUUCUCCAUCUCUGAUCUCGGAGAGGCUCCGAAAACACGAUAGCGACCCAAAGUCAUACUAGGCGCGCUGUACCCUUACCUAUCUUAGAAACGGACGAGUUGAGCAUGUUGUUUUUUACGCAAAUUGUAGUGUAGUGUCAUUCUUAGAACGAUGCAAG